UAAAUCGACUCUCCCUGGCUAUAAAGAUUGUGAAUGUGCUUUAUUUUUAGAUCUUCUAAAGUACAAGAGGAAAACAUUGGCCCGAACGUGGGUCAGGUGUGAAAGUAAUCAUGGUAAUUAGCUGUAGUUCCACAGACAGGUACCACGCGUGCUGACAAAUGCGGUUCGGGAUUUAGUUUCUUUGUGACGUGCCUGAGUCAGGAUUAAUAGAUAACUAGCGGUGUUUGUUCGCCGUCAUGGUUGUGAUUUUGUUGUAGGUGUCUGUUUACUCGUGUCAUCAUUCACUGAUCAGGUGUCGUACCGGCGUGUUGGUCAGAAUCCCUUCAGCUCCACACACGACUCGCAUAUGUGGGCCAGUACACGUGCUCGGCUGUACUCGCCUGUAGCAGACGAAACACAUAAGUGAUAGUGCUGUGAGAUAGACACCGCCAGGGACGGAACAACAUUGCACACUUCGUUUUCCUUGAAUCAUUGAAAUGAUAAAUUGUGUGUACCCAACACGAAUAGGACUAAUUCUACAAUAUAUCAGUUGGUCAUAAAUGGCUAGAUCCGAGAAGAGGUUGGACGUGUGUUUGUUAUACUCGAACAACGCAUCUAGCCAGACAUGUUCUGAAGUGCUAGUGUCAUUGGUAGGAGAAACACCAGAUCCCAUUCAUUCAUGGCCAGGCGGAGUAUCGUGUCCUUUGUUGACAGUACGAAAUGGAUUAUACUUUUCUAUAUGUUAAUUUCUCAACAAAGUAAUGCCACAGCUUGCCGUGGCCAUUGUUCCGACCUGGGCUGUGAUUCAGACGAAAGGUGUUAUGCAUGUAAACACCAGUGGUAUGGCGAAAACUGUAACCAGCGGUGUUCAGACUCUUGUUCUUUUACGCACAUCGAAACUAACACCGAAAGCAGCUACCUCAGAAUCUGUGACAGACUAACCGGCACAUGCAAGGAACCGUGUAGUUCUGGAAGCAAAGGUCCAACAUGUGAUGACGAUUGCAACUUCGGCUGUGCGUUGGGCGCAGAUGGGGACAACUAUGGAAAUAGCUGUGACCGGUACACAGGCGUAUGUCGGUUUGGAUGUAAAAGGCAAUACCACAGUCCCAAAUGCGACAAGAGGUGUAGCGUGGGGUGUAAAUCGCGGUAUGUAGGGGAACACAUACAGAACUGCAGCUCCAUAACGGGGGAAUGUGAUGCCGGAUGUAUGCCAGGGUGGUGUGGGGGACCAUGCACCAACCAGUGUAGCGAACAUUGUGUCGGUGUACUGAACACAUAUUACGGCAAAAAUAUUCGCGAAUGUGAAUGCAAUGGUGAAGUUGCUGGAAAAUGUAAAAAUGGAUGUGAGGACGGCUGGUACGGAAGUAACUGCGAGUGCACUGAAGAAAUAGUUGGAUGUGACGAAAGAGGAUGUAACAAAACAACUCAUGACUGCAUCGGUUGCCUUCCAGGUCUAUUUGGAACUAAUUGUGAGGAGUCAUGUUCUACAGGGUGUGUCGGAUGCCACAGGGACACGGGGGAAUGCCAGCAAUGUAAGCCUGGAUGGUAUGGUACCAAGUGUACUGAGAAAUGUAGCUUAGACUGCUUCAACAACACAUGUGAACAGGAUACUGGGAAAUGCCUUCCCUGUCCAGUAGGAUAUUUUGGUCGUUCAUGUGACUUAGCAUGUCCCCAGGACUGUGACUCCCAGGGCUGUCAGCGGGAUAAUGGCACCUGUGUCCAAUGUCCGGAAGGGCGAUACGGUUUGAAAUGUCAACAUGUCUGCUCGGAGACCUGCCAGGAAUCUGGAUGCGAGAGAUUUGAAGGCGCGUGUUUUUCCUGCCAGACAGGAUACACCGGUGUUACAUGUGCGUGUAGAGGUAACUGUAAAAAUGACGAUUGCCCCGAUUCCAAGUGUGUUUCGUGUGAGACUGGAUUUUAUGGAGAAGGAUGCGAUAUAAGGUGUUCGGCGCACUGUGUCGACCAAGCGUGUGACCGGACUAGAGGAGCAUGUCUCGGGGAAUGUGAAAAUGGCUGGUACGGUGAUAAAUGUGACUGCGUUGGCCUCUGUGACACAAGUGGAUGUGAUGCGAUGACAAAGUUCUGCGAGGGAUGUCAAUCUGGAUGGCAUGGAGUUUAUUGCAAUUCAUCCUGUCCACUCAACUGUGGUGAAAAUGGAUGCAAUAUGUUAACCGGACGAUGCCAUCGCUGCAGAGAGGGCUAUUACGGACAUACAUGUUCGUGUACGGGGGAAUGCGCACAAUCUGGCUGUUCACCCGAUGGAACUUGUUACGAAUGUGCGUCAAGAUUUUACGGGCAAAAAUGUAGACAGGAAUGUCCGGUAAACUGUCAUGGGGCGUCUUGUAAUCGCGAUGACGGGAUAUGUAGCGGAUGUCAAGCAAGCUAUUUUGGUGACAAAUGUGAUUCGUCCUGUCCUCAAAAUUGCAAGAAUCAUUCUUGUAUUCAGGCCUCCGGUGAAUGUGAAAGCUGUUCUCUAGGUUUCCAUGGUGUCACAUGUGAGAAGACCUGCCCUUUGCACUGUCUUGAUGACGAAUGUGAUCAAGUGACUGGGAGAUGCAGUAGGGGUUGCAAGCCAGGCUGGUUUGGGGACCAGUGUCAGUGUACGGGGCACUGCGGAAACACGGGAUGUGACUUAAACGGAACGUGUAAAGAAUGUGCCGUUGGUUGGUUUGGGAGUGAUUGUUCCGUCGCCUGUUCAAAGAAUUGUGUUGAAACGUGCGGUCGAAUGACUGGGACGUGUGAUGCUUGUCCUGAGGGGUUUUUCAUGGCUGACUGCUCUUUAAGAUGUUCUGAAAACUGCGAUGGUCCAUGUGACCAGUUUAAUGGAACCUGUGCAUCGUGCAAACCAGGAAAGUCCGGCGCGAAGUGCGACUGUUCUGGCUACUGUGAUAAUUACGGAUGUAACGAUAGCGGCCGUUGCUUGAUGUGCCGGGAUCGUUACUUUGGACGCGGAUGUUUGCAACUUUGUCCUCAACAUUGUCUGCGCCCGAAGUGUUCCCGCGAUUCCGGAAACUGUCGAAAUUGUACAAUGGGCUGGUAUGGGAAAAAAUGUGAUUGCACAGGACAUUGUGAAAACGGCAAAUGCUCACCAGAGGGUCGCUGUUUUAAAUGUGCCAAAGGUUGGUACGGCACGAACUGUACGGACAAAUGUCCUCGGAACUGUGCGGACGAUGUGUGCGAUCAACAAAGCGGCGAAUGUACUUCGUGUAAAACGGGAUGGUAUGGUUCUAGAUGCGAUUGUACCGGAAAAUGCGACGAAACGGGGUGUGACUCGGAAGGAGUAUGUCGUACAUGUGAGGCAGGGUAUCACGGCGAACAAUGUUUGGAUAUAUGUCCGUCGGUUUGCGGUGACAGAGGAUGCAACCGUCUCCAUCCACAGCAAUGUGACUGUGCCGAUGGCUGGUUUGGACAGACAUGUGACUGUUCAGGCCACUGUAGUGAGGAUAGAUGUAACUCUACCGGUGAGUGUUAUACGUGUGAAAACGGAUGGCGAGGGUCGCUUUGUACAAAACGUUGUCCGAAGCACUGUAACAAAAACAUCUGCAAACGGAAUGGACGAUGCCAUACAUGUGAAAAGGGGUGGUACGGCCCUCGAUGCAAAUGUCGUGGUCACUGCUCUGUUAAGGACGAAUGUAACAAAACAACAGGUAUAUGUAACGAAUGUGCACCCGGAUGGUUCGGUGAAUUUUGUGACCAAUCAUGUCCACGAAGCUGCAAUGGGUCAGGUUGUCAUAGACACAAUGGACAAUGUUAUGGCUGUCUGAAUCAUUGGUACGGUGAAACAUGUGAAUGUACCGGCAACUGUGACAAAAGUGGAUGUGACAAAGUCACUGGACGAUGUUAUGCAUGUGAAAGGGGCUUCCAUGACAAAUUUUGUCUUUCUGAAUGUCCUGUAAACUGCGAUGCUUCCAUAUGUAACAGGACAUCGGGUGAUUGCUUAGCUUGUCCUGCAGAUUGGACUGGAUUAAAGUGCGAAUGUCGAGGUCCCUGUGACUCCGGCGGAUGUAACACCACUUCCGCCCGUUGCUACAAUUGUGCUUCGGGGUACUAUGGAGAACAUUGUGACGUGCCUUGUGGCGAUAACUGUACACUGUGUGAUCGACAGUGGGGUAUUUGUCGUACUUGUACGGAAGGAAUGUUCGGACGUAACUGCUCGCAGUUCUGUCCACAGGAGUGCGUCGGCGCAUGUACUUUCACAAAUGGCGAAUGUGUGCGAUGCGAGAAAGGUAAAAUGGGUAAAUAUUGUACUCAAAAUUGCAGCAGUAACUGUUAUGAUAAUUUGUGUUCAAUUAAUGGUACCUGCCGUUAUGGCUGCAUCAGUGGUUGGGAAGGAUACAACUGCGGGUUGCAGAAAGAUGAGCAGACAGUUACCUUUGGAAUGUUCUGGGUGGUAGUGGUGGGAGUUGCUUCCUUUAUUGGAUUGGUACUACUGAUCGUUCUUCUCUCCUGCAUUCUAAAGAAGAAGCGGACGUCGGACGGAAGUGGAGAAUACACCAACAACACAUCUAAACCCACAAAGCGGAAACAGCGAAACUGGGGAACGAUAGUACGACGAACAGACACACCGAGACCCGGACUUCGCCCAAUGACUGUCCACGUAGCUAAUGUCGGCAAUCCUGCAGCCGUUUCAGAACGUUAUGUUAUGGAGUAGAACAGAUUGCCGUGCGGUUGAUGCUGCUGUCCACGACCAGUCGAUACAAUCUUUCAAUGUGAGUGUGGAAGUGCAAAAAUGCAUGGGUGGUUCUGAGAGAUAUGAAUAGUGAUAGAAAAUUGGGGUGAAAGGCCGAAUGCGCGAGAGAAAGAGAGAUGAACAGCGUGUGAGAAAGAAAACAAGACAAAUUGUCAUGUUACAGGUAUUAGCUCGUGAAUACCACCAUACCUCGAUUUAGGCUAAAGCCAGUCCAUAAAUGUUCUUGAUUCUUCAUUAUCCAUCUACGGGAAGAAAUAAAUAUCGAUGCCAUGUGAUAUAACUUCUCGAAGCAGGCGAGGUCCUGUUUGAGACAGGUAGAUACCUACCUCUGAUUACUCCAGUCAUCAACUCUGACCAAUACGUGCAAUAUCCAUUAUGAACGUACAUAUGCCGGAACCAUUCACGCCAGUUCAUUAUAUACGACCAUAGUUGUAUACUUAUUCCGUCUACGUUUUGAAUGCUGUCACCUUUGUGAUGCUAUAUAUGUAGUUGUAAAAGUUUUGUAACGUUUCUUAUUUUUAGUCUUCCUCUUAAGUUUCUAAUUUUAUAUUACAAACACCUAUAUGUGUAUUCGUCAAUUUUACAAAAAGUGUUCCUUGUAACAUUUCUUUCGUAGUUCAGACUUUGUGUUCGCUUUUGGACGUUCAGCAUUGAUAUUUUCACAUGCUUUGUAAUUAUUUUUGGAUGAUACGAAUCUACCUACGGCUUGCUCAUUUAAGUGUACCCUGAAUCAUUUUUGAUAUUUGAAACGUGAAAAUUUUCGCUUAACAAUAUAUUGUGUUAUCGAGAACUGCUUUGUAAACCGUUUACUCUUUUCCAAUAUAUAAGCCAUCAAAACCGACUGUGUUUACCUGUCAUAACCAAUCGGCAUCGAUACUGCUUGUAGCAAAAUUAGAUUCCUAGAUGUGACGUCACACAUUAGUUGGUUUCUUUUAAGAAUGCCUAAUCAAACGUUUAAAAUAAGAUGGCAAUAAGGUGGCCAUUUUGAAUUUUUACAGUUGAAGUUUGUUGUCCUUGUUUAUCAGAUCAUCAUUGAUUUUUCUUAAAGUUAGAUUGUUCUUUACCCCUAGUUGUGAAUGUUCCUUUUUGAGACUAAUUGGGAAUUAGAUGGCGAACAGGUGGUCAUUUUUAAUUUUGUUAAAGUUAAAGUUAAAGUUUUUCCUCAGAAAGUUCUUCAUGGAUAUUUCUUGAUUAUUUUGACCCCUCUCGAUGUUUGUUAACUAUUUCUAAAGUGUUCUUGACGGACCUUUAUGAGAUUGAAUAUGCAGAUUCCUUCUUCACUUCUCCUACACAAAACAACAUGUAUAAAUAUUUCCUGGUCGGUUAUUGUGGUUAUAAUGCCAAGAAAAGAAUAGUUGACGUAUAAUUCGAAGGGAGCUCGGACACCCACUGUUUAGGACGCGUCAUUGCAUUUAUUUAUACAUCAUAUCUGGUACAUAAUGUACGCAUUCCGCAUUAUACGUCUCUGGUACACAUAGGAAGUUCAAUUUCUAAUUCAGAUUACAUGUUCUACUUUUAAAAACUGAAAAUAGAAAUACAAUAAUCGAAAUAUGCUAAUCUUUAUAGAAUGAUGUUUUAUUUUGACUGUUAUCUGCCGUCUGCGCUGAUUUCAAUUACCGUGAAUAGUUGGAAAGUUUUUGUCGGAGGUAGAAAAGUGUCAGUAGUUCCCAUUACUAACAUGAGCGAAGGAAUCGGUCGGUUUGUGGAAUGAGGAUAGAAAAAGAAAAGCGUGUUUAAGCAGUAUUCCUGUUCGAGAAUUUUUCAGGUUAGCAAUAGAUUGGCUUCCCUAUCGAAAUAACAUUCUGACAAGGGAACUGUAUGACUGAAUCUUGACGAAUUUAGCUUUUAGUUUUUAUCCCACUUCAUGAUAUGGUAGCUAUUCCAAUUUCUCGUAUUUUGUAGUUAGCAUAUAUCUUGUAGCUUAUUAGUCCCAGACUCUUAUCCAUGAUAAAGGUAAUGUGGUGCUGGGAGCCCUGCAUACAGUACGAGUGUUACUAAUAUCAGUCUGAAUGGUUAGGUCAUGAUGCUGUAUAGAAUGUUGCUUUUUUACUAAAGAUAAGUUGUCGGUGUAUUUACGUUAAGAUAUAGACCAUUCUCGUUCAUUUUCCGUAAGCUCACGGUCAUCUCUGUGAUCGGCCAGACAUUCAAAUUAUUUCUUUUUAGCUCACCUGGCCUGAAGGGGCGAUGAGCUUAUGCCAUGGCGCGGCAUCCGUCGUCCGUCAACAUUUACUUUAAAUCCCUGCUUGUCAUAAAGUGUUAAUUGAUUUGGCGAAUUUGGUAAGAAACCUCCUUAGGGAAAGGAGUACAGAUUUAGCAUCAAUGGUGACUCUGAACCCCCCCCCCCCAAUCCCCAGGGACUUAGUUUCUUGGUUAUAUUUUUUGAAAUCGUUGAGAUCACCAUCCCUUAACCACAUAUAGCAUUGCUGGACAUCAAGGGAUAUACGUAAUACUGAUGAAAAACAGGUACAAGGGUCUUUCCCUACCCCGAGGGACUUUGUUUCUUUUAACACAAUCAUGUUGUUAAAACAAUCCUUGGGGUCUUUUCACACCCCUAGGAAACCUGGACAUCGUUUCUGGAUUAUUUCUAUAAAGCAUUUGAGAUCCCCACGCCAUAAGUAUAUAGUGACAUCAACAAAUAGAGCUAUUAACAAAUUGAACAUGAACAUUCCAACCAGGUGAGCGCUACAGGUCCUUUAGGUCUCAUGUUUGUUUUUGUUUGGAUGAUUACAGUUGUCAGUUUUCUGCGUUGGGCGGGGCCCGGUGGGGGGCUUAUUGUAAAAUACAUAAAUAUACGACCAUUGUUAUUCCCAUUUAAGGUGAUUAUUGUUAAUUGUUUAUUGCUACGUUGUUAAUAAUCAUCAUGUGUAAAUGACCAUAUCUACAAACUAAGGUGAUUGCAAUGGUAACAUGUUCAUUCCUUUGGUGUUAAUAUAACGUAAUACAUAUGUACAUUGAAUGUCAUUUGUCUCAGAAAAAAACUGGGAAGCAUUGUUUCUCAAAUGUGGAUCUACCUUUCUAAAUUCAGAUGUCAUAAAACGUUGGUGCUACAACAUCCCAUGUGUUUAGUGACAUAAAUCACAUUUAUCUUUUAGUAUGGUCCAGUGUCAGCUACUUGUACUAGUUUAUACUUCUCCAUCCAUCACUGGUUUAUUGACACUUAAAUUGAAUAAAUCGUUUUAUUGCCGUUUGCGUGUAACAGGGAUAGACUUAAACAGUCUGCACGCAAACAUCCUGUUAAACAAUAAGGUGGAGACAUGGCAAUCGAGACAUAGCGACUUUCGAGUAAUUAUGAUGAUGGUGAUAGCAUUUCCGUAAUAUAAUGUAUUAUAUAACGACCUGUUGCAGCAGCAUUCCACAUUAGAGAUAUAUGUGUGGUAUAAUUAAUGUCAGUAAUGUGUGUCGGUGAUGGCGUUGUUUUCCCCUACUUCAACUUUAAUUUAACUUAGUAGUAUUUCGUUCCGAAUCUUUUUUAUACUUACAUUCCAAAUAUAUAAAUACAACAUGACUGAGUGUCCGCGGUAUUGACCUGGUCGUCGCCACCAGGACACAUGACUUUCUCCUACAAAGUCCCCGUAUUUCUACUAGUUUGACCAUCGAUGAUAUUUCAUAUGUAUUACUAUAUAUAGGAGACCUGCCAUAGUCACAACUACCAAAGUAAUGGGUGUCGUAUUUUAUAAAGCAGCUGUUUGUUAAGUAGACGAAGUACAGUUUGUAAUACAGAUAUAUCGUGGUGUUUUGUGAAAGCUUUCCGCACUGCCAGUGAUGUAGGUCGUGGUAAAGGAAGGACUAGAUGUUGGUGUUAAUUUCCUUAAUUAGAGAUGCGGGAUAAAAACGAUAGAUAUUGUACUCGUAAAAUCCAUAUUUAUCUCCUGAAAUGCAUAUAACGUUGAUCACUUGAUGAUGAAUAUAUUUUUUCAUUUUUUUUUCAUUUCACGUUUUUGUCGAUACUUGUAAUCGUUGCCAUUGUAAAUUUUGUGAUUAUUAUGGUAUGGUGUACCUAACAUAGAACGUCCCGGCCAAUUUUGUCAUUACAUGUACCGCGGUCCUAGUCUUCCUAAACCACCUAAACGUAGUUCCGUUACAUAAGGAAAUCAAUUUUGGAGCCUUUCUAGUGUUUGAUGUAAGGAUGUUUAUAUGCAAAACUAGACAUUCAUGUUUUCCAUAUAAAUUUGUCCAGUAUAUAAUGCAAUGUAUCUUGCUGAUGAUCAGAUAAACAUAAAAUGUGUUGGUUUUCAAUGUCUGAAUCCUAAUUCUCUACUUGAUUAAGGUACAAAUGUUUGUCGGUGUAGCGAAUUAUAUAUCAUCCAUAUUAGCGAAUUAUGAUUUAUCACGCUACUUAAUUUGUUUAGUAUCUGUAUCAUACGCCGGUAUCGUAUAUAUAAUACUCUGUUUAGAUAGGUAUCCUGGAGAUACCACACAGAUCUGAUAUACUCCUUACAAUGAAUCAGUACACUUGCCACUGUGGCCGUGGUGAAUUUGUAACAAGUAGCCUAACAACAUAAUACGAUUUCAGAAGAAUAACAAGCGUAAAUCACUUUUAUAUUUCCCCCGAAAGUCCGACAUGUUCUGUACUGUCACCAGAAAUGGUGUUAACGUUCAUGGAUAACAUAAUUUAAGAACAACUUUCGAUCUGAUGUGUUUGUGAAUGUUGAUGUUCUUCCACCAUUAAAUGACUCAAGUUUUAUUCGACAAGGGUUGAUUUUAAAGCGAUUGAACACGUCAUGAAAUUAAAACCGUCUGUGGUAUGUAACAAACUGGUAUAGGCAUAAUUUGUUAUGUUGAUCUUUUGUCGACGUUAGUUCUCUGGCGGCUGCGAUUAAUUUAGGAUAAUUACUGAUUUAAACGCCCCAUACACGAUUUUAUCAAGAUAUGUUUUCCUGUGAUCAAAUUCACAAUGUCCAGGAGGUGUACUGGUGAGAAGCAGCAUUACUAUAUGGUUUAUAUUUUAUAAACUUUGAUGUAAGUCAUUGUUUACCAUCUUGUACUUAUUGUCCUCACAGUGUAUAAGUGGGUGAGUGGGAAUAAAAAGUCUGAAAUAGUCAGGGUUUCGUAGACAAGCUUAACCAAACUUUGUAUGCCCUCUAGUCAUAAGCUAGCGCCAGGUACGUAAAGAAGUCCCAAUUCUUACGUUAAUAUCCAACUGAGAAUAUAUAUAUAUAUAUAUAUAUUCAGCAAUACAGCAUGGAUUCUGUGAGUCAGUAAUAUAGGCGGGGAUUCAGUAAUACAGCUGGGGAUUCAGUAAUACCGUCAUGGAUUCUGUGAGUCAGUAAUAUAGGCGGAGAUUCAGUAAAACAGCUAGGGAUUCAGUGAUUCAGUAAUACAGCCAUGGAUUCAGUGAGUCAGUAAUAUAGGCGGGGAUUCAGUAAUACAGCUGGGGAUUCAGUGAUUCAGUAAUACAGCUAGGGAUUCAGUAAUACAGCUGGGGAUGCAGUAAUACAGCUGGGGAUUCAGUAAUACCGCUGGGGAUUCAGUAAUACAGCUGGGGAUUCAGUAAUACAGCUGGGGAUUCAGUAAUACAGCUGGGGAUUCAGUAAUACAGCUGGGGAUUCAGUGAUUCAGUAAUAUAGGCGGGGAGUCAGUGAUUCAGAAAUAUAGACGGAGAUUCAGUAAUAUAGGCGGGGAUUCAGUAAUACAGCCAUGGAUUCAGUGAUUCAGGGAUACAGGCGGGGAUUCAGUAAUACAGCUAGGGAUUCAGUGAGUCAGUAAUAUAGGCGGGGAUUCAGUAAUACAACUAGGGAUUCAGUGAGUCAGUAAUAUAGGCGGGGAUUCAGUAAUACAGCCAGUGAGUCAGUGAUAUAGACGGGGGUCAGUAAUAUAGCCUGGGAUUCAGUCGAUCUGAUCAAAUUGCGUUAUGAGACGCAGAUUAUGUGGACAUUGUAGACAAUACUAAGCGCCAAACCUGUUAAGCGGAGUAUGCUGUUUGUUGGUACGUAAUUAGUGCUUUUAAUGUAUUAUGUUGAGUAACGUUAUUAUUAAGUUGUGCCAAACUAUGUAACCUUUAUUUAAUAUAGAUCUCAGCUGAGUUCGUCGGCAAAUACUGACCUUAAAAUAAAACAUAGUUUUGUUUUAUUGUUCAAUCUUGAUAUUUAUAUUGAAAUAAAACAUCAUUUUUUCUUUUCA